GUGGCCACGGGCGGAAGCGGAAGCGCGUGGCAGCUACGGACGACUCCGCGCUGCGGCGUCACUCGCGUUGCGGAGUCACCACGGGGGAAGACGCCGCGUGGGGUACACGGGGAGUGUCACGUGACCCGCCAUGCCGCGGACCAGCAAGGAUCGGCAGAAGCGGCGUCGUGGGAGCGACUCCAGCGCGGACGCCGCCCUCAUGGAACGCCUGCAGCGGCGCGGACACGACGACGUGCAGCAGCUCAAGCACGUGGAGACCUUCUACGAAAAGCCUCCUCCCAGUCUCAUCAAAGAAAACGAUGACAAGCCCGAGGACUGCAUCCCGGACCUGCCGGGCAAUGAGAACGCACGCGACUUCCUCGCCAGCGCCCCCUCCAAGGGCCUCUGGAUGCCGCUUGGAAAGGAGGUGAAGGUGAUGCAGUGCUGGCGGUGUAAGCAGUACGGGCACCGCACGGGCGAUCGCGAGUGCCCUUACUUCAGCUCCGGAAACCAGCGGCUGGAGCAGUUUCGUGUGGCGCACGAGGACCCCAUGUACGACAUCACGCGGGAGAACAAGCAGCAGGAGAAGCAGCUGAGGCUGGAGCAGCUCAAGAGGCUCUUGGAGGAGUCCACGACGGGGAGCAGCAGCAGCUCCGACUCGUCUCGGGAAGACAGGAAAAAGAGGAGGAAGAAGGAAAAGAAGAAGAAAAAGAAAAAGAUGAAGGAAAAAAAAGAUAAAAGAAAGCACAAGCGCCGGAAGUCGAAGCAGAGCAGUUCGGAUUCCUCCGACUGAACGUAUAUCGCGCGUGGGGGGGGGGCGGGGGGGGGGCUGGAGGAGUUCGGAUGCAGCCACCCACACAGCCUCAGGUGGCAGCUUGGCAUUGGCAGGGCCCAGACUCACUGCGUCACCACAGGUGCCUAUAAACUAAAACUACACUUUUUUAUUUGACCAGGUAAGGCCCACUGAGCUGUAUAUACUUUGUUUCAGAAGCGACCAGGCUCUCGCAGAUGAUAGCUCAACGAAGCGGCUUAUCGCAUGGAAAUUUACAGCAGCCAAAUACUCUAAAUGUGCGAUGUUGAUUCUAAAUGUGAAGGGAAAAACCGGAGGCCGCGGAGAAAAAUCCACGCGGCCACGGGGAGACAGACACGCAAACUCCAAAUAUGCCGGCGUCGGAGUUGGGAUCGAACCCACAACCUCCUGUACACAAGGCGAGGUAGCUAACAUCUCGCAACCGUGGCACGCCGUGGACAGAAGGAGCUGACGCAUUUCCACGCUCACUAUAAGGAGCUGGCACCAAUAACAGAGCCACUGAGGCUGGGCCCGGAUUCGCAUACAAGCCUUACCGGGGGACGGGAGGGUGAGGGGUCAACGUGGAAAAUGGGAUCAGCUGUCACUUGCAUCCUCUCAUGUACAGGUCAACCUCAGGACCGUAUUUUUGUUACAAAAAAAUAACCGUGCUAAAAAAUUACUAAGCAAAAAAAUUACCAAGCAAAUUUUUUUAAAAUGUAUCUUCCGCCAGCGUCCGCUAACCCUAGGAUACAACGAAACCGUGUUAACGUAUUUAGUCAAUUACGCCUGUGUAGGGGAUUGGAAGAGCGCGGAACAUUGGGUUAAGACGGGUCAAGGCCACGGAAAUCGCAAGGCUUAGCUCGGGUUUGAAAUCGGUGGGUUUGAAAUCGGUGGGCCGUUGCUGGUCUGCUUUGGCACGGGCUUGGGUCUCGAUUCAGUCGUUAGGAAGACGCAGCACAAGAGGGCGGAGGUGGUGUAGGAGGUGGAUUAUCCGCAACAGACGACAAAGGCUUCGUUAAUUUUUUUCUGAAAAAGAGGCAUGUGAUAUUUUGUCGAUUGGGAAAAAUGUUAAAAUCUAGUUUCUUUUGUUAUAUUGAUUACAAACAUCAAGUGUACAUUUUUUUCCUGAUUUCCUUAACUUGCUGUGCAUUUCACUGCCCGUGUGUACGCGCACGAUAAAAAUUUAAACAAUGAGGCGAUUGAGCUGACGUUUUAAAAUGCACAACUUGGCUUUUACUGGAAAAAGUUAAGUUAGGCCUACAUGUUGUGUUACUUGGAGCCCCAUAGCGUGCCAGGUUAUUACAAGUAAUAUCACCUACUGGUUUACCCAGGAAAGCCUUACCGAUUCUCAACUCUCUCUCUCAGGAGGGUUCUGCCAAGUAUUUUGUAGUGGGGGCUGCGAUGCUGCUGUGUUACUAUAUAAUCCCAAUCGAAAUAAUUUGCAGUGUCACUUUUCAGCAUUUGGGAAUGUUUCGGUCGAUAGCAGUUACAACAGCGUGAUUUCUCCCCGCAGAAAACCAGAGAAAACCCCCAUGGCAGAAGAGACUUAGAACUUACAAACCCCACUCACUCAUUCACUCACACUGCAGAACAGGGUGGGGAGUGGGAGAUCACACAAACCCACGCACAAAGGUGGCAUACAGAGUCAGGAAUCCGCCUUUUGCAGUGAGGCACAAGUGUUAUCACUGUGCCGCCACGCUGUGGACCACGUGUUAUGACGACAUUGUUGUCUGUACGGGACUUUUAAGUGUGAAUAAAAAAUAUAUUUACUGCAUGGCCAGGUAUGUUUCCACAUGUCCCGUAAGUCAUGUCUUUUUUUAGCUGGCCAGGGCCUCGCUCAAUAUACUUGGGAGUUUCUGUUAAUUUAAUGUUACUGGUAGGAACCUCCUGAUUCCACCAGCACACAG